UUUUUUUGUUCAUUGCUUUACAGAGGACUUUCGCAGAUGGGCACAAACUACUUAAGAUUGAUUGAUUGUGGUUUUACGCCGUCUUGGCAAUAGAUUGAUUGAUUGUGGUUUUACGCCGUUUUGGCAAUAUUUCAGCCAUUUUACGGCGGUUAACUAAUUCAGUUAUGUUUGGUUGUGAGUGUUUAAGUUUCCCUGACGGCCCCCAGUGAGCCUACUCUUUUUCGAACAUCAGGGAAACGAUCUUUUGCGUGCCAAGGGGGUUGUGAUCCUUGACACGGGACACCCUUUAAUGUCCCAUCCGACGGACCCCAAACACAGCCAUAGACUUCAGGACUGGGUUGCUCAAAACCUUGGUUAAGCUUAACCAGUGGUUAAAUCCCUUGUCCACCGGUUAACUUUUAGCCAAUGGUUAAAUUCAGUUGCUCAAAAGUUAGCCAGUGGUUAAGUUGCCUAACCAGUGGUUAAGUUUUGGCCAAAGUUAGCCAUUCUGCAGAGGUGGGUUAAGUCUUUUAACCAGUGGUUAAACAUGGCUGCCCGCUUGCUGUUUGAUGUUAACCUUGGCAGACGACACAAGAAAACAAGAGUUUACAGACAUUUUAAUCACGAUUUCAAUGACAGUGAAUACAAAGAAAGGUAUAGGUUUAGUAAAGAGUCAGUUAAUUUCAUCACUGAUCUACUAGAACCCGAGUUGUGCCGUCCAACAUUGCGCUCAUAUUCCUUGUCAGCUCUCAGUCAGGUCGAGAUGGCUCUACGAUAUUACGCUACAGGUGAUAACAUGAAAACUAUAGGCGAUACACUGGGUUUCCACAAGUCAAGUGUUUCUCGAAGUAUCCAGGAUGUAUCCCAAGCCCUGACCGAUUUGGCCUCACGUUUUAUAAAGUGGCCAUCCACAGAAGGAGAGAAGUCCAACAUCAAGAAGGGCUUUUAUGCCAUUGCCAAAUUUCCUGGUGUGAUUGGUGCUAUCGAUGGUACCCACGUCCGCAUCAUGGGCCCCAGUGAGCAUGAGCCCGUGUAUGUGAACCGGAAAGGCUUCCAUUCAAUAAACACACAGGCCAUAUGUAAUCAUGAAGGCCGAUUUAUCAACAUUGUUGCCAAGUGGCCAGGGUCCAACCAUGAUUCUUUUAUUUUUCGAGAAUCAAAUAUUGGAACAUAUUUCGAAGCGCAUCAUAAAGGGAUUGAUGUGGAUGGACUACUGAUUGGUGACAGUGGAUAUGCAUGCAGCAAAUAUCUGGUGACUCCCUUUCUACGACCCACGACUGAGUCUCAGAUGAAAUACAAUGAUGCACAUACACACACAAGGGCAGUGAUUGAGCGAAGUUUCGGGUGGCUGAAGCGACGAUUUAUGGUCCUUCAUGGAGAAAUUAGGUGUAAACCGGAUCGUGCUGCAAAAAUAAUUGUAGCUUGUGCUGUGCUGCACAACAUUGCUUUAGAGAGGAAAGAUUGUAUGGAUGAUUUGGAGUGUGAACAUUCAGAUGAGCCACAUGUUUCAGAUAAUAUUGUAGUGGAACCAAGAAACAACAAUGUCAGACAGUUCAUUGUUCAAAAUUAUUUUUAAUUAUAGUCAGUAUAAUUGCUACUUUUAACUCCACCCCCAAGUGAGGUAUCCCAUGGGCCUCAUUGCUCACCUGAUUCACCUUCAACCUGUCAUUGUUUACCUGUUGUGAUUUUCAAAAAACUUUUUUUCAUCAAUAUUUAUUCCCAUAACAUUUUUACCCCCAUAUUGUGCCCUUAACCUAGCCCCAGAGGAUCACAACAUAACUGAAAAUGAAUUCACAUAACAAAGAGAUCCAGCAA